UCUUUCUUCUUCUUCAUUUCCCCCCAGCCUCUUUUUCAACCCAAAACUAAUUUCUCAAUUCUCCCUUCCUUACUUUGAACAUCACCUCAGCUUCAAUAUCCUUCCAUAUAUAUAUAUAUAUUCUUGAAGUUAGGGUUUUGAUUUGAGUUCGGAAACGAUGAGUCGGUUAAGAGAGGACGAGCGGAACGAGAGAGCUAUAAGGAAUCUACUUAAACUUCCGGAGAAUCGGAGGUGUAUUAACUGCAACAGUUUGGGACCCCAAUACGUAUGCACAAGCUUCUGGACAUUUGUUUGCACUACUUGCAGUGGAAUACAUCGUGAGUUCACUCACAGGGUGAAAUCAGUUUCAAUGGCCAAAUUUACUUCACAGGAAGUUAUUGCCCUUCAAGGAGGGGGAAAUGCGAGUGCGAAGGAAAUAUAUUUUAAAGAAUGGGAUUCCCAACGUCAGUCAUACCCGGAUAGUAGUAAUGUUGAGAGACUCCGGGAUUUCAUUAAGCAUGUCUAUGUGGAUAAAAGAUAUACAGGUGGGAGGAACUUUGACAAGCAUCCAACGUUAAAAAUGCGGGAAGCAGAAAAUCAAGGAGGUUUUAGAAGCCCACCUUUUAAGCCUACUGCUGGAGGAAAGAGUGAUGACGGGGGCUCCAAAAAUAGCUAUGAUGAAAGGUUGAGUCCAGGAUAUAAUCAAGAUUUUGGAAGAAGUCCUCCGGCUGAACAUACAGAUGAUUGGCGACGAGAAGAUAGAUCCGAGGUUGAAGUGCAGUCCCCUGAUCGACCUAGAGAUCCAGAAAUGUUGAGUACCCCAAAAGUGAGACCUGUAAGGAAUAUACUGGGAGAUAAAGUGUCUCCUCUUCGAGUUAUUGAGCCUCCAAAGGCCAAUGGCUUCCGGCAUAUGCAGGGAACUGUAUCUUCUAGUAGCCUGGCAUCAUCCAAUGGGAAUCCGGCUGGAAAGAAAACAGAAAGUUCUUUAAUUGAUUUUGAUUCUGCGCCUGAUCCUCCUUCAACUACUCGAGUGCCACAAAUACAACAGACUGCCUCUUCUGCUCCAAUUGUUGCUCAGCCAACAACACUGAAUAAUGAUUGGGCAAAUUUUGAUUCAGUUCAAGAGGUGAAAGCCUCUGAUACUCCUUCAAAUACGGACUUUCUGGAUGUACUUUCUGAGUUAUCAGUUCUGUCAUCAUCAGUGGGCAUUAGUGCAUCCAUGUCUGCACCUGCACAACCGGGCAACACACUUUUGUCAUCAGUCGGUGCUACUCCUGUUUCUGCACCAAUAAGCCAAUCAACCAUUGCUUAUGGAGGUGCUCAUGCAGCAACUCUUGGAACUAAUGCCUUUUUCAAUACUGCUGAUAGCGGGCAGUGGCAAAAGCAGGCUCCUGCCCAGUCAUCUAAUGGUGGAUCCCAGAUCAAUCAGUCUUGGAAUUCUUCACUUAUUGAGAAUACCCAAGUGCUUUCAAGUUCUCAAGGUGCACAAUCUCAUGGCAUUGAUAUUAAACAGACUGCUAAAAAAGAACUACCAGAGGAUCUAUUUUCUUCCAACUAUGCUUCAUUCGCUGCACCGGCACCAAGUUGGUUACGUGCUCCACAAUAUAGCUUGGGAUUCAAUAUGCAAUAUAAUGUUCAAAUGCCCAUGCCACCGACGUACAUGCAGCCAUCAAACGUUUUAAAUCAGUUUGGAGUUAACGAAUCAUCUCCUGCCCAAGCCAUAACGUUUCCUUCUAUGGCACCUUUGCAAGGGGCUUUGCCAAACAUGGUAGCUCAACAAGGCAUACAGCGUACUGGAAGCCUUGGUGAGUGGAUGCCGACCCAAUUAUCUCAUCCACUGCCAUAUUCAAGUAUACAACAUACCUCAAGUCUUGGUACUACUUUGUCAGCAUGGACAUCUCAUCCAUUAUCAUUGUCACCACAAAUUUUAUCAUAUGGAUCAGCAAUUCCUUCCGGCCCAUAUGUGGGACAAGCAGCACCCAACAUACAACCAUCCAGGCCUCAAGCAGGUGGUUUUGGUGUAGAUAGCUCUUCCAUGUCCUUUAAUUUCAAUCAACAACAACGUGGUUCUAGUGUUUCUUCUGCCAGAGGAAAUCCAUUUGGUUGAAUCUAUCAAGUUUAUUAUAGGUUAUUUGAUAAAUAGCGUUUUGAUUGUCCCCUUGAGAGGGGAGGGUGAGUUAUGGUGUCUCUUUGUCAUCUAGUGUAAAUGCUGUAAAAAAUAGAAAGAGUAGAAUAAUUUUGAGAGCAAAAUGGGGGGGUUUUGAGAAGUCGAAGACUGUCUCCUGCACACAUGCUCCCCUUGCAAUUUGUAUAAUGUAGGAGAGUUACAUUUCUUAUACUCUUUUUUUAUGAUGGCUUGUAUUACUUGUAAAAAACGCAAUUUUUAUAAAUAUUGGCUUGAUAAACAA